GUCAUGUGCCGUAAAACCUCAAAGCAGUAGAAGAAGAAGCUGUCAGCUGUAAAGUACAAUCUAUCCACCGAGCGACCAGUCAAGAGGAAACAAGGAAGGGAACCAAAGAGAAGAGAGAAACAUCUCCAGCUAACCAUUUCUAGAGUUUUUGGUUGUUUUUAAGGGUGCUGAGCACUCAUAACCUUCAGCAACAUGGGGGAACUCUUCAGAAGUGAAGAGAUGACUCUGGCUCAGCUCUUCCUCCAGUCGGAAGCUGCCUACUGUUGUGUCAGUGAGCUGGGAGAGAUCGGGAUGGUGCAGUUUCGGGAUCUAAAUCCUGAUGUGAAUGUGUUCCAGCGAAAGUUUGUCAAUGAAGUACGACGAUGUGAGGAGAUGGAUCGCAAACUGAGAUUUGUGGAGAAAGAAAUAAAGAAGGCCAACAUCCCGAUAGUUGACACAGGAGAGAACCCUGAAGUCCCCUUCCCAAGGGACAUGAUCGACCUGGAGGCCACAUUUGAGAAGCUUGAGAAUGAGCUGAAGGAAAUAAACACCAACCAAGAAGCCCUAAAGAAGAACUUCCUGGAACUGACUGAGCUGAAGCACAUCCUGCGUCGCACGCAGCAGUUUUUUGAUGAGAUGGAGGAUCCCAGUUUACUGGAGGAGUCAUCCACCCUCCUGGACCCCAAUGAGCCUGUCCGAGUGGCUCCUCUCAGACUGGGAUUUGUGGCUGGAGUCAUUGGCAGAGAACGUAUUCCCACAUUUGAGAGGAUGCUGUGGAGAGUUUGCAGGGGAAAUGUGUUCCUGCGGCAGGCAGACAUUGAAGAUCCUCUGGAGGACCCGACUACAGGAGACCAGGUCCACAAGACUGUCUUCAUCAUCUUCUUCCAGGGAGACCAGCUUAAGAACAGAGUCAAGAAGAUCUGUGAAGGAUUCAGAGCAACCUUGUACCCGUGUCCAGAAACUCCUCAGGAGAGGAAAGAGAUGCUGGCAGGAGUGAAUGCACGCAUUGACGACCUGCAAAUGGUGCUGAAUCAGACCGAGGAUCACAGGCAGAGGGUCCUGCAGGCUGCAGCCAAGACGGUCAGGGUUUGGUUCAUCAAGGUGAGGAAGAUGAAGGCCAUCUAUCACACCCUCAACCUCUGCAACAUCGACGUCACUCAGAAGUGUCUGAUCGCUGAAGUGUGGUGUCCUGUCUCCGACAUGGACUCCAUCCAGUUUGCCCUGCGCAGGGGGACGGAGAAGAGCGGCUCCACUGUGCCUUCCAUCCUCAAUAGGAUGCAGACCAAGCAAACCCCACCCACCUAUAACAAGACAAACAAGUUCACCUCAGGCUUCCAAAACAUUGUGGAUGCUUAUGGAAUUGGCAGCUACCGUGAGAUUAACCCAGCGCCAUACACCAUCAUCACCUUCCCCUUCCUGUUUGCCGUUAUGUUUGGUGACAUGGGCCACGGGGUGCUCAUGACCCUUGCUGCCCUGUACCUUGUGUUGAGAGAGAGCCGACUGAUGGCCCAGAAGAACGAUAACGAGAUGUUCAGCAUGGUGUUCGCAGGGCGCUACAUCAUCCUGCUCAUGGGAAUCUUCUCAGUGUACACUGGGAUCAUUUACAACGACUGCUUCUCCAAGUCCCUUAACGUGUUCGGCUCGGGCUGGAGCGUCAGGCCCAUGUUCAACGAACGGGGAGGGGCCAACUGGACGACUAGUACACUGGAAAGUAAUAAAGUUUUGCAGUUGGACCCGACAAUCGAUGGGGUGUUCAAGGGGCCGUACCCCAUUGGCAUCGAUCCGAUAUGGAACAUUGCCUCCAACAAGUUGACGUUCCUGAACUCGUUUAAGAUGAAGAUGUCUGUUAUCCUGGGAGUCAUCCACAUGCUGUUUGGAGUCACACUCAGUCUCUUCAACCACCUGUAUUUCAAUAAGCCGCUGAAUAUCUACUUGGGCUUCAUCCCAGAGAUCGUCUUCAUGGCCAGUCUGUUUGGCUACCUAGUCAUUCUGAUCUUCUAUAAGUGGCUCUCAUACGAUGCAAAAAUAUCGAAGGAUGCUCCCAGUCUCCUCAUCGCCUUCAUUAACAUGUUCCUCUUCAACUACAGCGACCCCAGUGUCAAACCUCUCUACAGAGGACAGAUGGUCAUACAAUCACUCCUGGUGUUAAUCGCCUUGGCUUGUGUUCCACUCAUGUUAAUAGUGAAAACUCUAGUGAUGCGGAGACAGUAUUUGUGGCGAAAAAAUCUGGGUAUGCAGAACUUUGGGGGGAUCAGAGUGGGAAACGGCCCCACGGAGGAUGAAGCUGAAAUCAUCCAGCAUGACCAGCUGUCGCAGCACUCCGAGGAGGAGCCUGAGCGUUGCCUUUUGUCACCUGCUGUCAAGGCCCACGAGGAGGAAGAGUUUAACUUUGGGGAUGUGGCAGUGCAUCAGGCGAUCCACACCAUAGAGUACUGCCUGGGCUGUAUCUCCAACACCGCCUCCUAUCUCAGGCUCUGGGCCCUCAGUCUGGCUCACGCACAGUUGUCAGAGGUGCUGUGGACCAUGGUCAUGCGCAUCGGCUUUUCCACCAAAAGCUUCGCAGGUUUCUUCGUCGUGACCAUAGUCUUUUUCUUCUUCGCUAUUCUCACAGUUGCCAUUCUUCUCAUAAUGGAGGGCUUGUCAGCCUUCUUACAUGCACUGCGACUGCACUGGGUGGAGUUCCAAAACAAAUUUUACACGGGCCAGGGCUUCAAGUUCCUCCCUUUCACCUUCGACAGCAUCCUGGAUGGGAGGUUCGAGGAGUGAGAUCCAACGAACUCCUUUUCUUCUUCUAUUAUUGUCACUCUCCUCUUAAGAAUCUGUGUGGUGUUGAAUAGUGAUUUUUGUGCAUGUAUGUGUGUGUGAUGCAGUUUCCAUGAGUGACCCUCCAUCUGUCAGACUGACACUUGUUUUAAACUUCUCAUCACUUUAAGGAAUCAGAUAUCUACUCAGAAAUUACUAUUCAUUCAUUAAUUCAUUCAUUCCGCAGAAAAAAUAGCACUCUCUGUAACCUGUUAUGUGUCUUGUCUUAGUGAAGUCAUUUUGUUUUACCUGUGUUUUAUGUAGUUUAAUAUUAUUUAUGCAAAUCUUUCCUUUAUAAAAACCUGCAUUUUUUUCCGAUGUGGCAGUGUUGCACUACCAAUCAGAAAUGAGGUGUUGUGUGCAAUCAUGACUGAUGCGGAGAGAAGUGACAGAAGUGUUUACAACCUUGUUCUGCACAGGACAUCUCACACAAACCCACUUUGCACAUGCAGACACCUUUAUCCCACUGUACACUGACCUCACACACACAGCUAUAAAGGUCCAAAGGGAAUACAGUUUAACUUAAAAUGAACCGACUGUUUAAUCCUGCAUUGUGCGCUAACAUUGCCAUAAAUACCCUUUGUGUUUAGUGAUCUUUAUUGUUCUUUAUUGAUCUACACGGAGAGAAUGAAGGGGAAUCUACAGUGUCAGUCUUUUGUUUUUCCUCAUGCUGAUUUCAUACAUAUGUUAAAGUUUAAAAUGUCAUAUGCAGAAGGAAGUAAAUAACGGCACACAACAAGUUAAAUAGAAUCAUUCCUCACAAAUCAUUUACCACUCACAUUAAUUGUGGAUCUCUGUGUCAAUAAAGUGGAAAAAGAUGGA